CGGCGCAACGUUUAAUCUGAGGUGGGGGCUGCUGAGUGGUAUUUGCCCCCUCUUCCUCCUCUCCUUGCUCUGGGGGCGAUUAGGCUGGAGAGUUAAACUGGGGUUUCCCCUCCUUGCUGAGUGAGGAGUUGCAGCGGUAGCCUGGAGGGUUUUGUUGUUUUUUUUUUUUUGUCGGAUGUAGAUUCCAGCAGCUUUUCUCCUUUCUUUCCUUCCUUCUUCCCCUUCACUAUGUAGAGCGGGAGAGACCCAUCAAUAGGAAGGCUGAAAUGAAUGUAGACGGACUUUCAAUUGCAUUUUUUUAAAAAAAGAAGAGGAUAAAUCUCAGCUGUCAAUACACAGUUUUUUAUAUUGCUUUGGAGAAAUGGGGGUCAUUUGCUGCUGCUAAAUCCUGGGAGCGUUUUAGAGAGUUGCUACAAAGAGGGCAAAUCUGUAUUUUUUUGAAGCAAAGGAGCCACAUUGAUUUUAGCCUUUUUUAUAAAAUGGAGAAUGAGAUAUUCACACCCCUGUUGGAGCAGUUUAUGUCUAGCCCUCUUGUCACCUGGGUUAAGACAUUUGGACCCUUAGCUGGAGGAAAUCGGAGCAAUCUGGAGGAAUAUGUGGCUCUAGUGGAUGGCAUAUUCUUGAACGAAGUCAUGCUCCAAAUCAACCCUAAAUCCACCAGCCAGAGAGUAAAUAAGAAAGUCAACAAUGAUGCAUCACUUAGGAUUCAAAAUUUGUCUAUUUUGGUGAGACAAAUAAAAUCUUAUUAUCAGGAGACUUUGCAGCAGUUGAUCAUGAUGUCUUUGCCAAAUGUCUUAAUAAUUGGCAAAAAUCCUUUUUCUGAGCCAGGCACUGAAGAAAUUAAAAAACUACUUUUACUCUUACUUGGCUGUGCAGUUCAGUGUCAGAAAAAAGAAGAAUUCAUUGAAAGAAUCCAAGAUUUAGAUUUUGAUACAAGAGCAGCUGUUGCUGCCCACAUUCAAGAGGUAACUCAUAAUCAGGAAAAUGUGUUUGAUCUGCAGUGGAUGGAUGUCAGCAUUCUGUCACAAGAAUAUAUCGAGCCUCUCUUGAAAAAUAUGGCAUUACAUUUAAAAAGACUUACAGAUGAAAGAGACGAACAUUCUGAGACUAUCGUAGAGCUUUCUGAAGAACGGGACUGUCUUCAUUUUCUACCUCAUGCAUCAGCAGCACAAUCACCUUGUGGAUCUCCAGGCAUUAAACGCACUGAAAGCAGACAGCACUUAUCAGUGGAGCUAGCAGAUGCCAAAGCAAAAAUAAGAAGACUUAGGCAGGAGCUGGAGGAAAAAACUGAGCAGUUGCUGGAUUGUAAACAAGAACUUGAACAGUUGGAGGCUGAACUAAAGAGACUGCAGCAGGAGAACAUGAAUUUGCUUUCGGAUGCUCGCUCUGCCAGAGUGUACCGUGAUGAGUUAGACGCACUCCGUGAGAAGGCAAUCCGAGUUGACAAGCUUGAAAGUGAAGUCAGCCGAUACAAAGAGAGGCUGCAUGAUAUUGUAUUCUACAAGGCUAGAGUUGAGGAGUUAAAAGAAGACAAUCAGGUAUUGUUGGAAACAAAGACAAUGUUGGAAGAUCAACUAGAGGGGACCCGAGCACGUUCUGAUAAAUUACAUGAACUGGAAAAGGAGAAUCUGCAAUUAAAAGCUAAACUACAUGAUAUGGAGAUGGAGCGUGAUAUGGACAGAAAAAAAAUCGAGGAACUCAUGGAGGAAAAUAUGACUCUAGAAAUGGCUCAGAAACAAAGCAUGGAUGAAUCAUUACAUCUUGGCUGGGAACUUGAACAGAUUAACAGAACUACUGAGCUUUCUGAAGUGCCACGAAAGUCACUUGGCCAUGAAGUGAAUGAAUUGACAUCAAGUAGAUUGCUUAAGCUGGAAAUGGAAAACCAGAGUUUGCUGAAGAUGGUGGAAGAGCUACAAAACGCAAUGGGUUCUGUAGAAGGCAGUAAUUCAAAGAUUCUAAAAAUGGAAAAAGAAAACCAAAGACUGAGCAAAAAGUUGGAAGGACUUGAGAAUGAAAUUAGCCAAGAGAAACAAAGUCUUCAGAAUAGUCAAAAUAUGAGCAAAGAUCUGAUGAAAGAAAAAGCACAACUUGAAAAGACCAUUGAGACACUUCGAGAAAACUCAGAGAGACAGAUUAAAAUAUUGGAACAGGAGAAUGAACAUUUAAAUCAAACAGUAGCUGCUCUAAGGCAAAGGUCCCAAAUCAGUGCGGAAGCAAGAGUGAAAGACAUUGAAAAAGAAAAUAAAAUUCUCCAUGAAUCUAUCAAAGAGACCAGCAGUAAGCUAAAUAAGAUUGAAUUUGAGAAAAAGCAACUGAGGAAAGAACUGGAACAUUAUAAAGAGAAAGGAGAAAGAGCAGAAGAGCUUGAGAAUGAGUUGCAUCAUCUUGAAAAGGAGAAUGAGUUAUUACAGAAAAAGAUUACCAAUUUAAAAAUUACUUGUGAGAAGAUAGAAACCUUAGAGCAAGAAAACUCAGAUCUGGAAGUGGAAAAUAGAAAGUUGAAAAAAACUUUAGAUAGCUUAAAAAACCUUACUUUUCAGUUAGAAUCACUGGAGAAAGAGAAUUCACAACUUGAUGAAGAAAAUUUAGAACUAAGAAGAACAGUUGAAUCUUUGAAGUGUACAAGCAUCAAGAUGGCUCAAUUACAGUUAGAAAAUAAGGAAUUGGAAAGUGAAAAGGAGCAACUUAAAAAAGGGUUGGAGUUUAUGAAAGCUUCUUGUAAGAAAACAGAACGUUUAGAAGUCAGCUACCAAGGUUUAGAUACAGAAAACCAAAGGCUACAGAAAGCAUUAGAAAAUAGUAACAAAAAGAUUCAACAAUUGGAAAGUGAACUACAAGAUUUAGAGUCUGAAAACCAAACUCUGCAAAAGAAUCUGGAAGAAUUAAAAAUCUCUAGUAAACGCCUAGAGCAAUUAGAGAAGGAAAAUAAGCUUUUGGAACAAGAGACUUCUCAGCUGGAAAAGGAUAAGAAACAACUAGAAAAAGAGAAUAAGAGACUCCGACAACAGGCAGAAAUUAAAGACAGUACUUUAGAAGAGAAUAAUAUAAAAAUUAGUAAUCUGGAAAAGGAAAACAAAUCUCUAUGUAAAGAAAUAGGUAUAUUUAAAGAGUCUUGUGUACGUCUAAAAGAGCUAGAAAAAGAAAAUAAAGAACUUGUGAAAAGAGCUACCAUUGAUAAGAAAACACUUGUCACAUUACGAGAGGAUUUGGUGAAUGAAAAACUGAAGACCCAGCAGAUGAAUAAUGAGCUUGAAAAACUUACCCAUGAACUUGAAAAGAUAGGUUUAAAUAAAGAGCGCCUUUUGCAUGAUGAACAGAGCACAGAUGACAGUAGGUACAAGCUUUUGGAGUCAAAAUUAGAGUCUACACUAAAGAAGUCUCUAGAAAUAAAAGAAGAAAAAAUUGCGGCUUUGGAAGCUCGUUUAGAAGAGUCAACAAAUUUAAACCAGCAGCUGCGCCAGGAACUUAAAACAGUGAAAAAAAACUAUGAAGCCCUGAAGCAAAGACAAGAGGAGGAAAGGAUGGUACAGAAUUCUCCUCCAAGAACUGGUGAAGAAACCCAGUCUGUCAAUAAAUGGGAAAAAGAAAAUCAGGAAACUACUAGAGAACUAUUGAAGGUUAAAGAUAGAUUAAUAGAAGUAGAAAGGAAUAAUGCUACCCUGCAGGCAGAGAAACAAGCACUGAAAACUCAACUAAAGCAACUCGAGACUCAGAACAAUAAUCUACAAGCUCAGAUUCUGUCACUUCAGAGACAGACUGUUUCUUUACAGGAGCAAAAUACAACCUUACAAACUCAGAAUGCCAAGCUACAGGUUGAAAAUUCUACCCUUAAUUCUCAAAGUACAUCUCUUAUGAAUCAGAAUGCACAACUGCUGAUCCAACAGUCUGCCUUGGAAAAUGAAAAUGAAUCUAUACUCAAGGAACGAGAGGAUCUGAAAUCAUUGUAUGAUUCACUGGUCAAAGAUCAUGAAAAACUGGAACAUCUUCAUGAACGUCAAGCUUCCGAAUAUGAAUCUCUAAUUGCCAAACAUGGAAGCCUCAAGUCUGCACACAAAAAUCUUGAGGUGGAACAUAAGGACUUAGAAGAUAGAUACAAUCAGUUACUGAAACAAAAAGUGCAAUUAGAGGAGUUGGAAAAAGUGCUCAAAGUAGAACAAGAGAAGAUGUUGCAGCAAAGCAAAAAACAUGAAACUGUAGCAGCAGAAUACAAAAAACUUUGUGACGAAAAUGAUAGGCUAAAUCAUACAUACAGUCAACUUUUGAGAGAGAAUGAAGUUCUUCAAACUGACCAUAAGAAUUUGAAAAGCUUAUUGAACAAUUCCAAACUAGAACAAACACGAUUAGAAGCUGAAUUUUCUAAACUGAAAGAACAGUACCAACAACUGGAUAUUACAUCUACAAAACUGAAUAAUCAGUGUGAGUUGCUUAGCCAGCUUAAAGGAAAUCUGGAGGAAGAAAACAGACAUCUACUUGAUCAAAUUCAGACAUUAAUGCUACAGAAUAGAACAUUACUGGAGCAGAAUAUGGAAAGCAAGGAUCUUUUCCACGUUGAACAAAGACAGUACAUUGACAAGUUAAAUGAAUUGAGACGACAAAAGGAGAAAUUAGAGGAGAAGAUUAUGGAUCAGUAUAAAUUUUAUGAGCCAUCCCCCCCCAGAAGAAGGGGCAAUUGGAUUACUCUAAAAAUGAGGAAAUUGAUAAAAUCUAAGAAAGAUGUUAACCGCGAGCGUUUGAAGUCUCUGACUCUUACACCUACCCAUUCGGAGUCCAGCGAAGGAUUUCUUCAGCUACCCCAUCACGACAGUCAAGAUAGUUCCUCAGUGGGCUCAAACUCUCUUGAAGAUGGCCAGACACUGGGAACCAAAAAGAGCAGUAUGAUUGCACUGAAAAGACUGCCCUUUUUGAGGAACAGACCGAAGGAAAAAGACAAAAUGAAGGCCUUCUACCGUCGCUCCAUGUCCAUGAAUGACCUGGUGCAGUCCAUGGUCCUAGCAGGAGGACAAUGGACAGGUAGUUCUGAGCAUCUGGAGGGCCCUGAUGAUAGAUCUACGGGUAAAAGGAAAAAAGAAUUGGGAGCUAUGGCCUUCUCUACUACAGCUAUCAACUUUGCAACUGUCAACUCUUCUUCAGGCUUCAGAUCCAAGCAAUUGCUAAAUAAUAAAGACACUACAUCCUUUGAAGAUGUAAGUCCACAAGGCAUUAGUGAUGAUUCUAGUACAGGAUCAAGAGUUCAUGCUUCCAGACCAGCCAGCCUUGAUAGUGGCAGAACAUCCACUAGUAAUAGCAAUAACAACGCUUCACUUCAUGAAGUCAAAGGUGGAGUUAACAACCAAAGUAGGCCACAAAGUCACAGCAGUGGAGAAUUUAGUCUGCUUCAUGAACAUGAGGCUUGGUCUAGCAGCAGCAGCAGUCCUAUCCAAUAUUUGAAAAGUCACACUAAGUCAAGUCCCAUGAUCCAGGAAAAAGUGCAUGAAACAAUGGAUAAUCAAGGAAAGCAGAAGAUCAAAACUGGUUCUCCUGGAAGUCAGGUUGUUACUCUGCAGCAGUUUUUAGAAGAAAGCAACAAGAUUACUUCUACAGAGAUAAAGUGUGCAAGCCAAGAGAAUCUUUUAGAUGAAGUAAUGAAAAGUUUGUCUGAGUCUGCUGAAUUGGCAGGAAAAGAAAAGCUAAGGAAUCAGUCAUCUGUCGGCAGCGGUAUCGUCAGAUCAUUAAGUGUGAAAAACACAGUUGACUUCUCAGAUGGAAGGUCAGCUAAACCUGAACAACCUGUAAGGCCCAGCCCUCAUAAAACUGAAGAUACCUACUUUACCAGCUCUCCAAUAAAAUUGACGUCAAGUACUCAAGGAAAGGUCAAGUCAGUCAAACAAAAAGUACAAACAAAUCCAUCACAACGACAAUCAAAAGAUUGCAGCCCUUAUGCUACCUUACCUCGUGCAAGCAGUGUGAUUUCUACAGCAGAAGGAACUACUCGAAGGACAAGCAUUCAUGAUUUUUUAUCUAAGGACAGUAGGCAGCCUGUAUCAAUUGAUCCAGCACCAUCUACAGCUGAUAGAAGCAUUCCAUCAGCAUCUAAUGUGGAAGCUAUACCAGAAAACAGAAAUUCAAAAAGCAGGUCUAGGGAGCAACAAAGCUCCUAAUGCUAUUACCCACUACAUGAGAUGUGGGCCAAGUGAGAGAAAAGUGUCCUUCAGUGUCUCAGUAUGAAGCCUUUAUUUCUGAAGUAACAAGACAGUCGACUAUAGGAAUCAAUAAUAAUAAUUUUAAAAAACGUUAAGGGAACUUUUUACAAUUCUUCGUGAAUAGAGCAGGCAAGAAAUACAAACCUUCCUUCCUUCCUUGAAUCAAGGAGCUCUACUGGAGUCUACUGAUGAAACUUUUUAGACGGUUUUAGGAAUUGUUGCACAUUGCACUGUUAAGAUCUACUGAAUAAAGGACAGUUCUCAUCUCCUUAAAGACCAACCAUUUAAGGUAUCAAGAAUUACUCCAGGAAUAAAAUACUACGUCUUUCAUCUUUUGUUUAUGAAUUUAGCCACUGAUUGCUUACAGCUUCUGCUAAUAAUUAGCAAAAAUCUAACAGUUUAUAUUUAGUUCUGUAAAUCUGAAAUAAAUGCCAUAGUAUUUUGUGGGCAUUUACUGUAUAUACAGAUACAAAAAACCCACAAGCUUACAGGCACUUCACUGUCUUAUUUGAUUAGCAUAAUCUGCAUGAUGUUGCUCUUUAAAAGAAAAAUCUGUGCUGAUUAUUAUUUUGGUGCAUACUGCAAAAUUAUCUACAUGAAAACAUUUGAACAACUCCAUAAUAAAGGUGGAGUGAUGGAAUAUUCACACUAUGUAGAAAUUCUUGUGUUUUGUAGAUGCACAAGUUAUACUGCACAGAUAAGUUCAGAAGUUCUUUACAGGAGAUUGACAAGAAUAAUUUUACUAGGACUUUUUUUUCCUAAUGUAGUUUUUCAACAAAUGGCAUUCCCAGGAUAAAACUGUCUUAUACUAAAUGUUUGUGUUUUAACUAUUUUUUUAAAAUUUGUGUUUUGAUGUAUGCUGACUGUGGCUUAGGAGGUUUUCUUAUGGCAAAAAACUAUGUAAAUAAUGUCAUCUGCAUUUCACAAUCAAUUCACUCAUUAAGAUUCUCUUUUCUUAAUAAGACAUUCUGUUUUGUUAAUGAUAAUUUUACAUUAAAAUCGAUAAAUGUUAUUAGUACUUUUAAAAUAUUUGUAUGCAUUUGUUGUCUUGAAGACAUUUGCAAGAGCACAGAAAAGCAUAUUUAGUUAACCCAGGGAAACGUACAUGGACUUAUCACUGGAUCCCAAUUUAUAUUAAAUAUCAAAAAUUUAUUUUCUUAUAUAUCAAUAAGUGCAUUAAUAAUUCUAUGAAAAAUCAAAUUAACUGUGUAACCUCAUAGGUUUUAAUCCAGCAAACGCUUAUGCACAUGAGUAAUUUUACAUGAUUAGUCCCACUGAUGUUAAUGGAACUAUUCCCAUAAGUAAAGUUAAGCACGACCAUAAGUGUUUGCAGAAUCAGGGCCAUGGACUACAUUUACACCAAGUUCACAACAUUCCUUAACCUGUUUGGCAGAGCAACUAUAUAUAGUUUUAAGUAGUAAUAAUUUAUUUUUUUAGGCUUUCACAACCAUCUAUAAAGGCUAGAGCUGGUUGGGAAAACUUUGACAGAAACAUUUUCCAUCUGAGAAUACAGUUCCGUCGAAAUUGAAAUACUUUGUAAAUCGUAUUGAUUUUACCAAAAUUUGGGGGGGGUUGGCAGGAGGGUGGUUCUUACAAUGUCGAAACAUCCUGUUUCAGUACAAUCAGAAUGAAACAUUUUUAUUUUUUUCCUUUCUAAACUUCAUUUUGAAAUUUUUGGAGUAUCAUAUAUAAUAUAAAAUUAAAAAAUCAAAAUCUAAACAAGUUUUAGUUUUGUUAAAAUCUGAAACGAUUUUUUUUAAUUUUCUUUUGCAGAGAAUUUUGAAAUUGUCGGAUGUCAUUCUAACUGGAAUUAAAACAAAUUUCUUAAUCCUCCACAGAACAGAAUUUCUGUUCUCCACACAAAAAACAUUUCUGAUAGCUUGUCAGAAUGAUAGAUUAUUUUAUGAAAUAGAGGGCCCAAUCCUGCUACCAUUAUUUUCAAUGUCAAACUCUCGUUGAUUUUAAUGGAGGCAGGAUUGGGCUCAUAGGGCUUGAACUACAAAGGAGUUUAGGCACCUAAGCCCAAAAUCUGGAUCCUCAAAAUCCCUGUUCAACUGUCCCAUUACCUGUAAAUGCCUAAAGUCCAUAGGUACCGAAGUUUCUGCCAGUAAAGUCCUCUAGGUGCCUAAAUUUCUGCUGGUGAUGAAUGCUCAGUGCCUAAGCCCUGGCAGAUCCUUAUGCUAGCCAUUGCCCUGCCUACCUCACCUGCGGGGCAUGAUCCAGUAGGUAUUUUCAUGAGCCACCAAAGAACAUGCCUACCAGAUCAGGUUCUGACCAAAACACAGUGGAGAUGGUCAUGGUGCUCUGCACUAAUGAAUAUUUAAAUAGAUUACACAAAGUGGAACAACUUUGACAUUUGACACUGUGAGAGUCCCAGCCCAAAAUACCCUAUAGCUCAGUAGUUCGAGUGCUUCCUCAGAAGACCCAAGUUCAAAUCCCCACUCUGCCUGAUUCAGAUCAGGGACUUGAACUCAGGUUUCCCACCUCCCAAGUGGGUGCCGUAAUGACCAGGCUGUAGGAUAUUCUACAGUGGGUCUCUGUCUUUCCCUAGGUGCCCAACUCCAGAAGAGGGUUCACAGCUAGGAAUCAUGACUAGAGGGAGGCACCUCCCUCCAGCCUCGACGUAGGUGUCUAAUUCCCUUUGUGUAGUGGGGCUUAAGGCACACCUCUCUCCCCAGCAUUUCCUACUAGCUAGUUUAGCUACACAGCAUGCUGGCUUCUCUGAAUCCUGUUCUUAGAUGCCUAACUCGGGGCUGUGAAUUUAUUGGGCAGCAGGGUGCCUAGACAUUAGGCAUUGCAGUGCCUGAGCCUAAGUCCCCAUUGUGGAUCUAGCCCAUAGAGAGAAAAGUUCCCCUUACAUUCUUUAGCAGACAGAAAGUACAGUGCUGCUGUGCUAAAUACAUCCAUAAGGACUUCAAGGUACCAAUAGUGGGAGACACCCAAAACAUAAAAUAUUUUGAAAGCAUCUCUCUGUUCAGUCUUGAUCAAACUUCUGAAUUCUUGUUAAGGGUCUGCCUCUGUGAGUUGCUGAAUGGCCUCAAUGCCCAUAAAUUAGCGUGGGGAUUGACAGCACUCAGCCUCAUGCCAUUAGGUUCUGAAUUAUUAGCAACAUCAGUAGUAUAAGUAAGCACUCCUUUAUGAUUUAACAAGCAUACAUGCUAAUGGCUAAAUCCUAGUUAUAUUUUACAAAGGCUAGGCAACAGUAUGUACCUAGGGAUACCAGAAAGUGUAUCCACCCAGGAAAAAUCCUGCCAUUAUAGGUCAGGGUGAUAUAUUGGCAUGACCAACAUGCUUCAUAGUGCUUGUUUUAUUGCUUUUCCAUUAUGCACAGCUAUUGUGGCUAUCCUGUGCUUCUGAUGUAUGAGCUGCAUAUACACUUA